CAAUCAUAAAACGCGGCGCUCGCCAACGUUCUGUUCAAUCAACUCAACCGGCAAGAGGAAGAGAUUUGUAAAUUAACUGUAAUUUACGGGUUAAAAUGGUAUUUCGGAACCGCUGUUUAUAAUUUGAAAAACAAGUAAUCGUUAAAGUUGUACUGAAUUUAAUAUAUUUCUAUACUGGUAUACGCGCGUGGCUACAUGUAACAUCCGAUGUGAUGACUUUUAAUUUUGAAUGUUUUGGGGUCUGCCACGCCAGAUCUUCCGCAUAACAAUAUUAGACAUUGACGGUGUCUUAUUAAAAUGUGGUCUUGUGGCCAGUCAGUCUUGUUCAGGUAUAUUACAAUUGUUAAGGGCAUGACUGCUUGGCAGAGUGCGUUAUAAAUGUUCCACAACAGGGAAGAAGACCUGACAGCAAAUGUGUUGGCUAUAAGGAAACGAUUGAAGAGCACAGAAAAGAGCUUGCAGAACUUAGGAGAAGAACUUAAGGACAACUCAAGCGAGCACUCAGACUACAGUUCCCAAUGUAGUUUUCCUGUUGGAUUAACGCUGGAAGACCUGGACUGGCCUGAUGAAGCAGAACCUUUAUCAAGCAGCCAACACAUCACAAGGAGCCGCAGAAUGGCUGAACACAAGAGGCCUUCGAACAGUGCUGGAGCCAACACCAGUUCCAGAGUAAGAGCCAAUGGCCAGGUGCAUUGCCACAAUUGCAUGACCUUGUCCUUUUCAGGUCUCUCCUCAUCCUCCAGGAUGAUAGAGCUGGAAAAUAAGAAACUGCGGAAGACGCUUAGUGUAAUCCAGGAAGAGAAUAACUCUCUGAUCUCAGAGAAUCAUCAGCUACUUACUGACCUGGAGUCUGUACAGUUUGAACUGACAGAUUCUAAAUCAAAGAUUCGGCUCCUGGAAUCAACCCUUACAUCUAAAGUUGUUAGUGUGCCAGAGCUGGAAGAUCAGAUCAUUGGCCUAGAGGCUGAAGUUGAAGCUCAAGAGAAUGCACUAAGAGAUGCAGAAGAGAAGCUGGAAGAGAGUCAUCAGACUGUGAAGACCAUGGAGAGAGCAAUGGAGAAGAUGAAGGAGGAACUGAGGAGAGUGAAAACUGAAUUCUCUGAGCAGUCUAGACUGGGGAAAAGAGCUGAACAACAAAGGAAUGAAGCCCUGAUUAACGCAGAAAAACUGACUGUAGCUUUUCAACAAAACAAAGACAUCUUUUCAGAAAAACUGAAGAAGCUCUGUGAAAAUGAAGGAAGACUAAAGAGCAAUCUGGUGCAGUGUGAAAGUGAACGAGAAGAGCUUCAGAAGAAAUGCUUUGCACUUGAGCAGGAAAUGGAGGGAAUGAGACGCCACAUUAGGAAACUAAAAGAAGGCUGCAGCAAAGAUCAAGUAACGUUGAGUAAUAUGGAGGCUGAAAAGACGGAGCUGUUAUCUGCCCUGACUGAAUCCAACCAGAAGAUUUCUAUACUAGAAUCAGAAUUGACAGCUAAAGAUAAGAUUCUAGAAGAAAAGGGCUCCUUGAAGAGGGAAAACCAGGAACUGAGAACUCUCACGACCCAGCAGAGUGAGAGACUGGUUGAGUGCCAGAGAGAAAUUGAAGAGACACAGUCUGAACUGGCCAGCCUGGAGUCCAUCUUGUCACAGUUAAAUAACAGAGAGGUGGAAGUUGGAACAAUAAAUACAAAAUCCAGCAGUUCAAACCAUUCACUGUCUUCAAGUCUGGGCAACAGCAGUGAACAAACAAAAGCACUGGUUCAGGACCUCAGGCUGCAGCUGUCUGAGAAGGAAGCAGAGAUUCAGAAGCUUCAGGCAAAGGCAGCUCAGCACCUCUCUCAGAUGAGCCAGGGAAGCACAAGCAGCACUCAGACAGAGCUGUCGAGUAUGAAGCCAGCAGAGAAAAAGUACCAGCAGCUGCAGCCCCUGAUCCUUGGUCUUGAGGAGGAGAAGAGGAGACAGGAGAGUCAGAUCAGGAAGCUGCAGUCCCAGCUGGUGGAGGCAGAAGCUGAGAUCUGCUCCCUGCAGACCCGUAUGGAUCAGCGAACCAGUCAGUUUCAGGAGAUUCAGAACGAGCUGCUGGACAAGGCAGCCGAGGCAAACAAACUGGAGCGAGAGAUGAAGAAGAGAAAUUCUCAGCUUUUAGCAGUGGAAAAGCAACUAGCAGAGAAGUCCAGUGCAUACUCCACUGCAGUAUCGAGAACUUCUGAUCUGGAGCUGGAGCUGAUGGAAAACAACAACCAAAUUCAAAGCUUGAAAAGGAUUUUAAAAAAGGAACAGAAGGAUGCUCUGUUGGCAGGUGAAAAUGCCCAAACACUUCACAUUGAACAAUGUAAAGAACUGGAGGGCAAGAUUGAAAUGCUCCAGAGUGAUGUUGAGCAGAAGCAGCUGAAACUGAAAGAGCAGGCCAGAAUGCUGUCCAUUCUGCAGCAGGACAGCGAGGCCAAGCACCGAAGAGUAGAGUCCCUGCAAUCAGCGCUGGCACAGACCCGACAGGAGCUGGAAAUAAAAACUAAAAGGAAUGAUGAAGCAUUCCGGGAUUUCCAGGACCAAGCUGAACAAGCAGCAGAGAAGAUUAGGUACCUUGAGGCAGCACUGUCAACUUGCAAAGAUGAAUUAAAGUUCUACCUGCGGGAAGUGGAAGACCACAAGGAGCAUUUUGAGAUGCAGCUACAGAAGAAGUCUGAAGAGGUCCAUCUCCUGCAGAAAGAGAUGAAGUGCAGCAUGCUGACCCUGCAGGAGACCAGCGAACAGAACAUGCUCCUACAGCAGACCCUCCAGCAGCAGCAGCAGAUGUUACAGCAGGGGAGCGGCCGGAUCGGCGAGCUGGAGGACAGCCAGGCGGAGCUCGAGAGACAGGUCUCCAAAUUAGAGCAGGAACUUCAGAAGCAGAAGCAGGCCGCGAAGGAAGAGCUGGGGAACACAGAAGAGAAGCUUCGGAAAGUCUGUCAGGAAUCUGAAGAUAAAGAAAGGCAGAUGAAGAUGGAGAUGGAUGACUGCAGGAACAAGCUGACGGAGGUGGAGAAGGAGCUCCUGAAGCUGAGAAGAGACAGCAACACCAAGGCCAGCCAGCUCGACCUGCUUGAGUGUACCCUGCAUGAAACACAGGGACAGCUGGACAAGAAGUCUGAUCUCGUGGUAGACCUGGAGGAGAAGCUUCAUCGCAGUGAGGCUGACCGGCGCAACUCCCUGCAGAGGACCCAGCUGCUGGAGGCCCAGCUGAUGAAGGUGCGAGGGGAGCUGGUGGACACCAUGGGGCAGCUCCAGGAGCUGAGCGACAUGCUGCAGAAGACGCAGCUCUCCGUCGGGGAGAAGGAAGCAGCCAUUGAGAAGCUCGCCACAGAGCUGAGGGAGUGUAAGGGUGAGUUGGAAGACAGAAACAACGAGCUUCUAGACAUGGAUCAGGCGCUGAAGGAGAGGCAGUGGGAACUCAAACAGAGAGCUGGCCAGAUUACAAAGCUGGACGUGACAGUCCGUGACCACAAAAAUGAAAUGGAGCAGAAAAUCAUUGGAUUAGAAGCCGAGGUUAAAGAGGGCCAGAAACUGAUUGAGAGCUUAGAGGAGAAGCUACAGUUCGCAAAGAAGCAACUCCAGGAGAAACACAUGUUUGAAAAGGACUCUCUGGAGCUGACCCGCGAUCAGCUUCAGCGCACCCAGCUGGAGCUGCAGGAGGCUCGCAGGCAGGGGGGCCAGCUCGUCCAGGAGCUGGACAAGACCAACCAGGAAAAGGUUGGUCUGCUCGAUGAGAUACAAGAACUUAUCAAGACCCACCUCCGAGAGAAAAACAAAUUUGAAAUGGAAGCUCUGGAGCUGGAGAAGCAGGUCAGGCUGGCCCGGGAGCAGCUGCAGCACACCCACCUGGAGCUGCAGGAGGCUGGCAGGCAAGGAGAACGGCUUGCCCAAGAGCUCGACGAGACCAUCCAGCUCUCCCAGGAGAAGGAGGUCAAUACAAUACGAUUAGCAGAAGAGCUGGGAGCCACACAGGCCCGGUCCAGGCAGGUAGAAGUACAAAUGCAGGCGAAGCUGAAGGCACUGCAGGAAGAGAUGGAGCAAUUACAAGAGGCCCACAGGCAGGAGCUCUUAGGACUGCAGGAAAGCCAAGCCAAGUUGCUGAUGUCCACUGGCACACUCUCCAGCAGUCUCAAAAGCACUCAGGAUAACCUGAAUGAGCGGCUGCAUGAGAUUAAGAGGGAGCUGGAAGAGGCUGAGAGAAACAUUCUUAAUCUACAGGCAGAACUGCACAUCCGAGACGGGGUGAUCCAGGCUGCGAAUGAAGCUCUGGUUAUUAAAGAAUCAGAAGUAGCAAGAUUACAAGCCAAAAUCUCCAGUUAUGAAAGAACAGUGGGACUGCAGAACACUUCCAGUCUUUCAAUGCUGUCUUUUGUGGGGCAGUCUAAUGCACAUGUCAAUGAAUCGGUAAUGCAAACCCAGUCAAGCUUCAGGGACCUUCGUCAAUCCAGAAGUGCUUCCGAUACCAAUCCUCAUUGUUCAGACACUGAUUCCCUGGACCUUCCAAGGAGUAUAGCAGACAGCCUUGAAAACUCAAUUAUGCCGCUCAUGAAAUCUAACAAAGGAUUGCAGGGCAGCAUUGAAAAUGAUGGCACUUGCAUUCAGGAUGAAUCCUCUUUUAAUCCUCUGACUUACACAGUGGCUGAUGAGACUCUGAUAGACUCUGAUGUGUCUGAUAGUGGUAAGCCUGACCUGGACACUUUAAGUGGCAUGUUAAGGUUUAUCAACAAUGAGAUGACUGAGCCAGCCUCGUUUCACAGAUCAGCAGUUUUGCCUGGGCUGAAGCAGAUCACUGAUCACCAGAAGAAGAAAAAAAGAGCAUCCACAGGGAAAUCCUAAGAGAAAUUCUUUUUCAUAGGAAUUUUCAUAAAGCACCAGUGACAAGGGCAGUGGUGUGAAAGCCACUGAGACGAUAAUGCUAACAAAAUCCAGGAGCCGUCUUGCAUCACCUUCAAGGAGGCUUACAGAACGAGAAGAAGCGCUGUGUACAACAAAAAGUCAACCAGAGGCACAGUGACGCUGCUGCUUUCAUAACUGAAUACAUUUGAAUUGAUUCUGUAUUUCUGAUUGAUUUAUUUAUUAGCCGUCAAAAAAUAAUAAUCAUUUUUAAAUUAAAAUACAUUUCAAUAAAGAGCAAUCAUUUAACAAAAUAAAACGGGUAUUAAACCAUUCAAAACAAUACAAUUAGUUAACUUCUUCUUUUGCACUUCUUCUUUUGAUUAUCAGUAUGG